UGUUCUCUCUCUUUGCAUUAGAUGGCCGUAGAUGUGUUGGAGGGACUUCUUGAAGAGGAUGACGAGGUUGUCCAGGUGUGGUAUCUCUCUGGCUGGGUGUGCUACCUCCAACUGGAAAAGGCAAAAGAGCAGCAAGAUAGAGAGGGGAGGGAAGUGACGCAGGAGGAGACCGAGGAGUGGAAGGCACUGAAGGAGGCAGCCAGGUCGUACCUGACGAAAGCUAAGAAGCUUUACAAUAAGCUGCAAUGUGACGACCAGCCGAUUUUAGAGCAUGUGGAGCAGCUGCUGGGUGAGCUGGGGGGAGAGAUGGAGGCAGAGGAGGGAGACCAUGACUUGGAAGAAGACUAUGAACCCUGUAGUGAUGAGGAGGAGGUCGAAGCAGAGGCACCCAUGGACUUCUGAUUUCAAAUCCCACCAUCAUAUUUUCUUUCGUUUUACCGAGUGCUCUAUCUACAAAGUGCCUUUAUUUGACUGGUUAUCUUUUCACACCCACUUAUCAGCAGUGAAAUAUGAAUUCAAGUGAGAAGCACGAAAAUAGUGCCAUUAAAAACUGCCGUCCACUCAAUCUCUUUGAGGUCAGUUGUUUAAUGAUCUUGGUGAAAUAAAUGCUUACUUGAGUAAUACUUACUUUAAUCUCUUUGACAGAAGGUUGUUGAUGAAAGAAAUUAGUUUUAGAGCUUUAUGUUUGUGCUGCGGCAAAAGCAGAAUGAUGCCUUUUCCUUACACACACACACACACACACACACACAUUUCUAGGAGCAAAGGUACGCAAUAGAUGUGUCUACUGCCCGACAAAACAUUUUCAUAGGCAACAAUUUUAUUUCUGCAGCUCCUCUUUAGUUCCCUCUCAAGCGCAUAUCAUCAUUGGGUUGUAAGGAUGAUUAGAAAACUGCCUAAAUGCUAUGUUAAAGUAAGUUAAGUAAAGCUCUUUUAUUAUCCAAGUCCAAUGACGUACAGGGCUUGAGUUUCAAUGUUAUUCAGUUUAUUCUCUUAUUUUGGCUUUUUUUCACUUCCUAUACUGUAUGUUAACUCAGUGGAUACAACAAGACAAGACACAAUAGAGAGAAUUUGACAUCAACCUUUCUUCUUUUUUUUCUUUUCUUCUUUUCUGUGCUAAAUCUAAAGAGGCUGGUUCAAUGUUUGAGAAAGUAGGAACACCUUUCAACUGAGUUUUUUUUUUUUAAUUUUUAGCCUAUUGAAAUUCUCAGACAAGGACAUGUAAAAAUAAUGGGACAAUUCUUUCAAUUCUGACAUUUGAACAUCAUUUCAUAACCAAUUUAUUUUUCAUCAUAACCAACGCUGAAAAAUAAAAAAAUAAAUCUA